CAGGAUAGACAGAUAGCGGCAGACACUGAGCUGUGAUCAUGGCUGGCAAUAACACAUUAAAAGUUCUGGAAACAAUAGGCAAAAGUGUCAUCACAAAUGCCGUAGAAGAAUUGAUGCAAAAAGGGGUCCUGGAACUGGAGGAAAAAGAGAAGCAAAGAUAUGAUGAAGCCAAACCUAUCCAGAAGAUUCAGGUGUUGAAAGACUGUAUCCUGGAGCGACGUUUCGAGGUGGGCACAGCCCUUGCCAACGUCUUCCUCAAAGGCCACAGAAGUAUUGCCAGUUCCCCAGAAAUUACAGAAAUCCAAGACACACAAUCUGAGCCUGAGCCUGUGGAAUCUCUGGACACCAUUAAUCUUUGUCCUUAUGAAGAAUACCAGAAACUUUGUAAAGAACGAGAUGGAGAGAUAUACCCAAUAAAGGAGAAAGAAAGCCGCACCCGCCUGGCUCUCAUCAUCUGCAACACAUUGUUCGAUCAUCUCUCUCCUCGGUUGGGAGCCGAACGUGACAUUGCGGAGAUGAAGAUGCUUCUGGAGAGUCUUGACUACACAGUGCAUGUAGAAGAGCAACUCACAGCCAAGGACAUGAAGUCAGCUCUCCAGGCAUUCGCUGCCCGCCCCGAGCACAGCACCUCAGACAGCACAUUCCUGGUGCUCAUGUCCCAUGGCCUGCUGGAGGGAAUCUGUGGAACCACGCACUGCUCAGAACAACCCGACAUGCUGCCUUAUGACACUGUCUUUCGCAUCUUCAACAAUCGUAACUGCCUCCACCUCAAGGACAAGCCCAAGGUCCUCAUCAUCCAGGCCUGCCGCGGGGUGAACCUUGGGGAAGUGAAAGUGCCUGACAGUGCAGCCUGGACCGACAGUCCUAUGCCACUGCUCGAAAACUUGCAGGAAGAUGCUAUUUCCCGAACCCACAUUGAAAAGGACUUCAUCGCCUUCUACUCCUCAACCCCACAUAACAUGUCCUGGAGAGACAUUGAGAUGGGCUCUCCUUUCAUCACGCAAAUUGUCACCUGCUUUCAAAAAUACGCCUGGCGCCUUCACCUGGAAGAAGUAUUUAGAAAGGUACAACAGUCAUUUGACAAGCCAAGUAUUAAAAUCCAGAUGCCAACUAUCGAGCGGCAGUCCCUGACAAGAUAUUUCUACCUCUUUCCUGGCCAUUGAAACAGAAACCCUGGGUAGUCCAGCUCUUCUGUAUAGCUUCUAAAAAGUAUCUCAAUAAUGAGAUAGAGAAUAAAAUGGAAUGAAGGUGAACAAAAGGGACUUCUAGUAUAAAACAAAUUUCCAUUGAAAAUGGUCAAGAAAAGUUCCACUGUGCAGCC